AUGUCACGUACAUCUUCAUCAUCAUCAUCUUCAUCUUCUUCUUCUUAGUUUUCAUAAGCAUCUCCUAGUUAAUUAAAAACUAGCAAAUAUGCAAAUGAAAUUCAAACAGAUAAUAGUCCUUUAACAGUAAAAAAUAAAUUUACUCUUAACUAAGAAAUAAGCUAAUUGAAUUCAGCUUGUUAAAAUUUUACUAAUGCUAUUAUUGGCUAUAAUUCAAAUGAUAAAGAGUAAGCAUUAAACAGAGCAUAGACAACAAAUUAAGAUAAAAUUGCUAUAACUACAGUUUCAUUUUAGGAAGAACCAAGAAAUCCUUCUAAAACUCUAUCUUCAAUAGGAACUAAUGGUAGAAGAUUGAGUAAAUUUGGUGAGGCAGCUUACUUUAAGUCUGUAGAUGCUUUUUAGAAGUAUAACCAUUCUCUUUCAAACAUAAACUAAGAUUUAGAAAAAGAUUUAUAUAAUUUCAAUCAAAUAACACCUCUAAGUAGCUCAAAAAAUAAUUUGUUAACAGCAGAAAGAAAUAGUAUAAAUAUUUAAAAUUCAAGUAGUAACAUGUUGUUUUCAAGCAUAUUAACUACUAUGCAAGGGCAUGGCUAAUAGAGUAAAGGGUAAUUUUUAGAUGUAUAUGACAAAAAUAAGCAAGAUGAUUCAGAAACAGCGUCUUAAAAGAAGAAAAAGGUAAAGGCAAAAAUUAGAUCCUCUUUUAGAAGAGCAAUUUUAGCAAAUAAACAAAAAAACUAAAACAAAGGAUUUGAUUUUUUUGAUUUAAACAAAUAAUAAGAAGAAGAAUAAUAGUAGUAGUAAAUAGAUGAGGAUGAAUAUCAAAAAUAAAAGUAAGAUUCUCUGUUUAUAGAUGAAGUUAAAUUAAAUGAAGAACAUGAAUAAAACCACUCUCAAAGUUCAGAAAAAAAUCGAAAUAUACAAAAGGGUAAAACCAAUGCUAACAUUGGCUAAAAUUAAAAAGAUGAAGAAGAUGAACGAAGCAAUGAUUAAAAUAUUAUUAAACAAGAUUACGAGCUAGUACAAAAAUACAUAAAUUACUCAUCCAGUAGCAUUUAUAAUUCAUCCACUUUAGUUUUACAUGUUGUCUUAGAUACAAAUACAAUUUAUUCUAAAUAAUUAACUGAGUCGUUAUUAUAGUAUUUCAUAGAAGAUAUUCAAAUUUAUGAUAAGUAUACAACUUAUUCAAGCUAUUUACCUUAGUUUACUAAAAGGUGCCAACAAAAUACUGAGGAUUACAGAAAACAAUACUCUUAAUUGAUAAAUUAUUUUUCUCAACUAGAAGGUUCAACUCUCUCUUAGACUAUAAUAAUUCCUACAUUUUCUAAAGGAAGAAUUUUGUUGCUCAUCUCAAGGAUAUCACUUGAUGAGCUUGAUGUUGAAAUAAUAAAAAUAGAAAACUCUAUGAAAUAACUGAUGGAUUAAAUGGAUUCAUGGAUUUCUUUCGAUUUCGUUAAACUAAUAACAAAUACUAAAAAAUCAAGCGAAUUGAAAUAUUAGCACUCAAAAUUUUAUAACUAAAAAGGUGUCAAAAGAAAAGAAAUUCAAGCUUCCUCACUCAUUUUUGAUUAAAAAAUAAAUCAAGCUCUAAACACUUUUACCCAAAUACUAACAUAAUCAAAUUUAGAUAUUAAUUAUAUUUACACUUAAUACAAUUAAAAUUUAAACAAUUUAAGAGAUUUUAAUAACUGGAUAAGCUAAUAAUAAUUUAGUGACGAUAUACAAGGGAGUAGCUAGUAAUAAUAGAUUUAGUACAUAAUGAAAUCUAAUCUAUGUAACGAAAAUUCUCCUGUUUACUAAAACUGUUCAGACAUCUCUUCAAAUGUUAGCGCUUUUUAUUAUUAAGGGCUACUUAUUGCAAAGCUUUUAUGA